AUGGAUGUUGAACGGUUGAUGAGAGACCUCAAAGUCGAUCAACUGCAGGAGAUACAGCGAAAUCUACAGACUGAAGUGGAAGGGAAAAAGGAAGAACUUCGUGAAAUGGUUGGGCGACGGUAUCGCGAUGUUCUUGAGGCUUCUAGUGAAGUAUUGCUUCGACAUUUACUUUGCAGUGGUUCUCGAAUAAAGAAAAAUCAGUGCAGGUCGUUAUCGCGGGAGCAGCAGGCUUCGGUGCAGCGUUUCAUCGCGCUACAUAGACUUUUAGCUAUAAUUGGUGGACCAGAUGGAGAUGCACUGAGUGACGCAUUCGCUUUCACUUUAGCUGAACUGCUUCACAAGCAGCUUACUACGGAGCCACUUCCACCAUCGAUUCAUUCUGUUGUGUCUGGUCUCACUGGGCGGAUAAUUCGGACGCGUCGAAAACUCCUCUAUGACUUGGAAGAAGAAAUCGGGCAAUUAUCAGAACCUAAUUGGGUCGCUAAUCAACUGACAUCGUUAGCUUUGCUUGAAGGUGCUGAUUAUGAGAAGCUGUUGGACAUUUAUCUGAAGAGCAGAGAAAAUUAUAUCGCUAACUUGACAAAAGAGUCUAGUUCACUUUUAAAUGUCGUUACCGAGCUGAAGAUGACGCUUGUAAUUGUUGAACAAUUAUUUGCUCAAGGAGAGCUCGUACGAAUAGUUCAUGCGGCUGCUGUUUCAACGUAUCGCCCAGGUAAGAAAAUGUUUUACCAAAGAAGAAACACUGUCAUUGGUAAUGAUGCUGAGAUAUUUGCAAAACUCUGGACCUCAGGUGACCAAGGAAUGCUUGUCCCAGCAAAGGCUUCGUUCUUACGUGGACGCAUUCACUUACCCGUCUUCUGGGCUGCAGAUCGCGCUGGUUUGUGGUUCAUAUUCUUCCUGGUGAUCUCAGCACCAUGUGUUUGUUUGCAGGAAUGGGAAAGGUUGGAGCUGAGUGAAGUUGGUGUGGUAGAGGUUCCGAUCGUACUGUCACCGCCGCUCCAAUCGGCUCUGUUCACACUUUCCAGCCGCUUUGGCGAUGCUUCUGUCGCACACCUGCUGACUCGAUCUGUUCGAAAACGACUCGCAACCCAAGUAUGUCCCCGGUUAAUUCUCCAGUUACUACUACUAUCACCUGCUACCGUAGCAACAAAACCAUCAAGGUUAUCAGGCAUGGAAAGUAGAUUAAAACGUCGUUUCUUUGUAUUGUUAGUUUUCUUUACCUCUUUUGUUUUACUGGCAGUUGACACUGACUAA